AACGCCGCAGCUGGACAGAAAAGAGCUCGCACUCGUAUUACUGACGAGCAAUUGAAAAUUUUACGAUCGCACUUUGACAUUAAUAACUCUCCAAGCGAUGAAGCAAUUGCGAAAAUGGCUAAACAAUCUGGCCUAGCUACAAAGGUUAUCAAGCAUUGGUUCAGAAAUACACUUUUCAAAGAACGCCAGCGAAACAAAGAUUCGCCAUACAACUUCAACAAUCCGCCAUCUACGACAUUAAAUCUUGAAGAAUAUGAAAAGACCGGAGAGGCCAAAGUGACGCCUUUAGAUUCGUCAGCAAGCUCCGAUGAAGGCAAGCCACCGCCUGAAAAAAAAGCAAAAACUGAAGAAAUUUCAAUGGUUAGCCAACAGGAAGUUAAGUCUGAGCCCAAUGAAGAGCCUACAAUGGAAGAAAAAUAUAAUUCCUACGACGACCGCCAUCAAGAAGACAAAAGCUUCAUCUUUCCUCAAGCUCCAUCCCAAAGUCCUGCAUUAAGCAGCUCAGAACUGCAUCAAAGUAUAUCUCGACCUCAAACACCAACUCACUUAUCUUUAAAUUCUUUAAUACAAUCCCAACUGGACUCAAUACCAGCUACGAGUAUACCUCAGCCACCACAUCCAUCUAUGCUACCACCGAAAUUAAAUCCUAAUUUCACGUCCCCAAACUCCGCGCCCCCGAACGUCCUACCUUUGACCCCAAAUCGCAGCCUCAGUCCUGGCAGGGGACCGGCCGAUUUCGGACUUUCCGGGGGCAACUCGAAUGGAUCCAACAGCUCGGGGUCUUCUGGCAAACGCGCCAACAGAACUAGAUUCACUGACUACCAGAUUAAAGUAUUGCAAGAGUUUUUUGAAAAUAACGCUUAUCCAAAAGAUGACGAUCUAGAAUAUCUUUCUAAAUUAUUGGGCUUAAGUCCAAGAGUCAUAGUAGUAUGGUUUCAAAACGCUCGACAGAAAGCAAGAAAAGUAUACGAGAAUCAACCGGCAGCGGAUCCACCAGCGGGAUCGAUGGAUGACGCAAAUAGAUUUCAACGAACACCGGGAUUGAAUUAUCAAUGCAAAAAAUGUCAGUUAGUAUUUCAGCGAUACUACGAGUUAAUUAGACAUCAAAAAACUCAUUGUUUUAAGGAAGAGGAUGCGAAACGAUCGGCGCAGGCACAAGCGGCAGCUGCGCAAGUUGCUGCUACUUUGAGCAGCGAAGACUCAAACUCUAGCACCGUAGAACACCACGUUCCGCAUGUGCCAGUUUCACCGGCACCACCUCGUACCCCUACACCUGCCGCGCCUAACUAUCCGGUAUCUCCAGCUCCCCCUACGCCCCAUACGCCCGUAACACCUCUUUCUCACACACCCAGAGAAGAAAAAGAUGGAAAUUUUCAAUGCGAUAAAUGCAAUUUAGUAUUCCCUAGAUUUGAUCUCUGGCGAGAACAUCAGUUGGUUCAUAUCAUGAACCCAAAUUUAUUUCCCACCUACCCCCCAGAUUCCCCUUUUGGGAUCUUACAACAACAUGCUCAGCUACAACAAUUAAACGCUUCACUCUCUAAUGAAGAAGCUCGCCAUCCUUUAGUCGCUGCAUUAAAUCAGCAAGUAGCAAAAAGAAAAUUCGAUGAGUUCGAGGAGGCAGAUACUGGAGAACAGCCAAAAGACAAACGAUUACGAACAACAAUUUUACCGGAACAAUUGGACUACCUAUAUCAAAAGUACCAAAUCGAAUCAAACCCAUCUAGAAAGAUGCUCGAAAAUAUUGCUCGAGAAGUUGGAUUGAAGAAACGGGUAGUUCAGGUUUGGUUUCAAAACACGAGAGCGCGUGAAAGGAAGGGUCAGUUUCGUGCACAUGCACAAGUUAUAAAUAAACGUUGCCCCUUUUGCCCAGCUUUAUUCAAAGUGAAAAGCGCAUUAGAAAGCCACUUAAGCACGAAACAUGCUGAUCAAUGUGCGAGAGGUGAGAUCAACGUGGACGCUUUACCUGAUGAGGAGUUAAGUACAGAGUCGACGCCUAGUUUUGGUUCCCAACAAAGUGACAGGCAGCAAAAUUUUUCCCAAGGGGGGGCUCCCAUGUUGCCCCCUAUUUUUCCGCCGUUUCACUCAGACAUGGAGAAAUUUAUCAAACAGUAUAGUGAGGAGUCAAUGAAACGCUAUGUUAGUGAGCUUCAAGCUCACGCUGCCGCUCAACAAAAUGGCAGUAGCAAUGAACCAUCUGAGAGACGACCUGAACAUGGAAAAUCGGAAAUACCUUUAGAUCUCAGCAAACCUGUAGAUUUAUCACGACCUGGAUCGGACGCAGAUGAGAGGUCAGAUACGGCAUCUGAAACCAUGGAAUUCUAUGAAGAAGAUGACCCAACCUCCCCCUUAACGGGUCAGCAUCCAAAUCAAAGGCCUCCCGGCAAACGUUUUCGGACUCAGAUGUCUUCAAUACAAGUGAAGAUUAUGAAGGCUUUGUUCAGUGACUACAAAACGCCAACGAUGGCAGAAUGCGAAGCGCUUGGGCGCGAAAUUGGCCUACCAAAGCGAGUAGUACAAGUGUGGUUCCAAAACGCUCGUGCCAAAGAGAAGAAGGCAAGAUUGGCGGCUGGUCUCUCGGAGGUGUCGGAUGCGCAGCCGCCCGAUGAGUGUCGUGUCUGUGACUUCAAGUACAGCCACAAGUAUUCAGUUCAAGACCAUGUGUUCACGCGGGGUCACAUCGCCGCGGUGCGAGCCCGUCUCGAGAACAGCGCGGGCGCCGGCGACGACGGCACGCUCGCACUAAUGCAGAUGGCGGCGCGGCUGGAGAGCGGUCUGGGCACUGAGCUGCACAACGCCUUCCUCCGACCCCAGCUCGCUGGCAACGGUGAGUGUACUUGAACGUAGUUGUGGUAGCGUUAGCAUGCGCUGUGUUUGAACUUAUCUAGAACCUCGCAGUGACGAGCUUCGCGUUGCAUCCAUUGUUCGCAAUUUCCGUGAACCGGGCGGAGCUCAUGUCGUGCCGUGACGGUCGUUGAUCUAUAUUUCCUACUAGUGAUUCCUGUAUAUAAAACUUUAGAUAUAUUAUUUGAGUGAAAAGAACUGUACAGUAUAUGCGGCUUUAAUAUUCAAAAUAAUGAAUCUCUAAGAUUGAAACUUAUUAUAGCUAUCAACGUUAGAUUUGUGUCAGUUAUUACGGAGAUAAGUCUGAAAUAUCAAUUGUUAAUCAUAUAUGCCUCAUAGUUAGGAUUUCAAUAAAUUGUUAUCCAAAUACAACAUUGAAUGCACUAGAGGAAUGGUUGUGUCGUAAUGUCAUUAGGACGCUUUGUUCGGUUGUUGUUUUUGAAUAUGUGAGUGAUGGAUCGCGAGUUGAGUCGCGAUGUCUUCGGAGGCGCGAGAGGCGUGCCGGGCGGCCGGUGGGCGGCCCGCUCCGACCACCGCUAUUCAAAUUCAAAACGAACAUAACAAUGGUAGGAGUUAGGACGCGUGAAGGACGUCGUAUAUCUAAUGGGACCGAUCUGCCGCAUAUGCAUUUGCUCCACAUGAAUAAUCAAUUAUUCAUAACGUGCCAAUCAAAAAUACUUUCCAUACUUUUUCUCUUAUAUUUAUUCGAUUUGAAAAUUAAAGCCGCAUGUACACAGCAUAGCUGAUAGUAAUCUGUUGCAUAAUAUUAUUCUUCCUAGUUGUUCAUAUUUAAAACUCCUAUUAGGUUUUAGCGACGUCGAUUGUUGUAGGUGUGUAAUGAAAACCAAAUUAUAUAUUUUAGAGAAUUUAAAACGUUUUAGUUAUUAUAUAAAGUCAUAGCGAAGCCUGAAAUCUUUAUUACUAUUUAAAUAAGGUGCCUUGUAGGAUUCAAGUGUUUUGUAAAUUAUUAUCGUAGCUCCACUGUAAAUAAUUGAAUCGUGUAAAAGUAUACUAUUAGUUGGUAACGAUAGAAACUUGUAAAAUUUGUUUGCGGUCGCCACUCGCGAACUUGUACUACGAUGUGUAGUAUUAGAGAUAGAAUAGAUAGAUAUUAAUAAAUAUAUUGUUCGUUUCGUAGAGGCAUCUUAAAACUUGUGAUAUACUGUAACUAAUUAGUUCGCAUAUGUUCAUUGAAGGGCACAAAAUACAUACAGACAUAACAUAGAAAGUUUGUAGUAUUUUACAUUAUAAUGAAUUCGAUUCGUGUGGGGUCGCCGGCUGCAGUUUCUAACGCAUUUACAUAAGAGUAGCUCGAAAUUGGAGGGUUAGGCGAUAUGCAAAUAUUUUUUUCUAAUGUUUUCUUGUACAUAAUGAUAUCAAAGCUCGUGCGGUCUCAAUGUGUAAGCAAAUCAUAGCACGCGCUGCGGGUGUUGCCAUUAUAUUUCAAAUUUAUUAUGUGAAAACUUGCCUUCCGUCUUAGCGCCGUGUCAAGAUACUCCACUUCACUAUUGAAAUGCAAAUGUCGCAUUUAACCUAGGCACAUACAAAUCGUCCAACAUUUAAUCCACUGCAAACAUUUCCACAGGUUUCACUUUUAUUUGCAUAUCGCUUUUGUUAUUUUUAUUAUUUGCAUUAUGUUAUGUUUGUAUAUAUUUUUUGAUCUUUAGUUUUAUUAUCGAUUUUGUUUUCGUAGACAUAAACGUCAGGCAGAUGAUGUUGAUGGAUUUGCCUCCUUUUCGACUUCCGAUAUUUUUAUUUUUAUUUGUAUAAUUUAAUUAUAAACUAAUUUUAUGCAAUCUGCAUUUACUUGUUAUUCAGAUGACAUUAUAAUUAUGAUUAACUGAAGCCCAGUGCCAGCCAGUGAUAUGAAUGUGGUCUCUGAUGGCGACGCCGAUCGGUCGAGUCUUGUAAACUGAAUAGUAUUAUCAUAAUUAUUAUCUACAGUUAUUAUAUUUGCCGAAUUCGUUGAAAUAAAUGCAAUAUUUAUAUUAUUGAA